AUGGGCUUCAUGCGCUCCGUCGUUCUUUCGGCCCUCGCGCUUGCAGCGACGUGCCGGGGCGUGAUUGUCCCUGGGGCCGAGGCUGAACCCGCUGUGGAAAAGCGUGCUUCGUCUUAUUGGUAUGAGAAUAUUGCCAAACAAGGAAUUGCGCCUUUCGCACCCAGUGGUUACACCGUAUACCGCAAUGUAAAGGACUUUGGCGCAAAGGGUGAUGGUGUUACCGACGACACGGCAGCAAUUAACAAUGCCAUCCUGUCAGGGGGUCGAUGUGGCCGACUCUGCAAAUCCAGCACUUUGACUCCGGCGAUAGUGUACUUCCCGGCUGGAACAUACCUGAUUUCGACUCCCAUCAUUGAUCAAUACUAUACCAACAUCAUUGGUGAUGCGACCAAUCUUCCCACCAUUAAGGCGACGGCGAACUUCAACGGUAUUGCUCUCAUUGAUGGUGAUACCUACUAUGGCGACAACAACCCCAAUGACCCCAACUGGAUUUCUACCAACGUGUUCUAUCGUCAAGUGCGCAAUUUUAAGCUUGAUAUGACAUCUAUGCCGGCUUCUGCCCCCAAGACGUAUGGUAUCCAUUGGCCGACAGCCCAGGCGACAAGCUUGCAGAACAUCCAGGUCACAAUGAGUACUGCGUCUGGAAAUCAACAAGUUGGUCUUUUCGUCGAAAAUGGCUCUGCUGGAUUCCUCACAGACUUGACUUUCAACGGUGGCUUGAUCGGUGCAGCUGUAGGUAAUCAACAGUUCACGAUGCGCAACUUGGUAUUCAACAACUGUGGGACAGCCAUUGUCAGUGGCUUUACCUGGGAGUGGGUUUACCAGGGCAUCAGCAUCAACAACUGUGGAUUGGGAAUUGACAUCUCGACCAGCUACAGUUCAAACCAAACGCCCCCCACAUCCAACAGCCUCAUCAUUGAGAACCUUUCUCUCAAUAAUGUUCCAGUGGCCGUUCAAUCGACCAGCGGUGCUACUCUUCUGGCUGGCGGAACUACGACAAUCGCUGCAUGGGGUCAGGGCCAUCAGUAUACUCCAAAUGGACCGACAUCGUUCCAAGGCACUAUCGCAGCAAAUGCCCGUCCCUCAUCACUCUUAAGCGGAUCCAAGUAUUACACGCGCUCGAAGCCUCAAUACGAAACCCUGCCGGUUUCGUCAUUCAAGAGCGUUCGAUCUGCCGGCGCCACUGGUAACGCGGUUACGGACGACACCGCUGCUCUACAAAACAUCAUCAACAGUGCAACCGCUGCAGGCCAAAUCGUGUACUUUGACGCUGGUAUUUACCGCGUUACUAGCACCCUCAAGAUCCCCCCUGGUGCGAAGCUGGUCGGAGAAGAAUACCCCAUCAUCUUGUCUUCUGGAAGCUUCUUCAAUGACCAGAACAACCCCAAGCCUGUUGUUCAAGUGGGUACGCCUGGCCAGACUGGGCAGGUGGAAUGGUCAGACAUGAUUGUAGCCACCCAAGGCACACAAGCUGGAGCUGUUCUCAUCGAGUGGAACUUGGCUACUUCUGGAACCCCCAGUGGUAUGUGGGACGUACAUACCAGAAUUGGUGGCUUCAAGGGAUCAAACCUCCAGCUUGCACAAUGUCCGGUGACUGCGGGUAGCACGGCUGUCAACACAGCUUGUAUCGGUGCCUACAUGUCCAUGCAUAUCACGUCCAGCGCAAGCAACCUGUACAUGGAGAAUAACUGGCUCUGGACUGCAGACCACGACAUUGAAGACGCAAACAACUCGCAAAUCACCAUCUUCAGCGGCAGAGGCUUGUAUGUGGAAAGCACUGCAGGAACUUUCUGGUUUGUCGGAACAGCUGUUGAGCACCACGUUCUGUAUCAGUAUCAGUUUGCCAACACCCAAAACAUCUAUGCAGGAGUUAUUCAGACAGAGACACCGUACUACCAACCAAAUCCCCUCGCCCCAACUCCCUUCACCGUCAAUUCUGCUAUAAAUGACCCCAACUUUGCAACUUCCUGCGCCGGCCAAUCUGGCCGAUGUGCUGAGGCUUGGGGCCUGAGAAUCCUUGGCUCCAAGAAUGUUCUCAUCUAUGCUGCCGGCUUGUAUUCUUUCUUCGAAAACAACGAUGGAAAAGGCUGCAACAAUGGUGUGGAGCCGCAAAAUUGCCAAAAUAACAUCGUCGACCUCGAAGGCACGCUGACCAACAUUAACAUCUACAACUUGGGAACAGUUGGCGUCGUCAACUCGAUCACGGAGAAUGGAAAUGUGCUGGCGGCUUCUUCUGCCAAUGCCAACGCCUUCGCUGAUGUCAUUGCUCUCUUCCGGCUUGCUUCUGGCAGUGGAGGCACGAACCCCCCUCCUCCUAGCUCCACAACAAAGGGUCCGACAACAAUGUCGACCAUCACCACUAGCUCACCGCCCAAGCAAACUGGAUGGAGUUCCCUAGGAUGCUACUCUGACAACGUGAAUGGUCGAACUCUAGCCAACCAGGUUCAAGUCGCAGGAGGUGCAUCUGCCAUGUCGGUCGAGGCGUGCGAGACGGCUUGCAAAGCUGCUGGAUAUACUAUUGCGGGUCUUGAAUACUCGGGAGAAUGCUGGUGCGAUACCAAGUUCGAAAACGGAGGCGGCCCUGCUUCUGACGGAAAUGCUCAGUGCACCAUGACCUGUAGCGGUGCGCCGCAGGAAACAUGUGGAGGCCCAAAUCGCCUUAACGUGUACCAACUGGCGACCGCAACUGGAGCUCCGCCCCCCGCGAGCACCGGAUGGACCUCCAGAGGAUGCUAUACAGAUAGUGUCAACGCUCGAGCACUGACUGCCGAGGGGGUUCCCAACGGGCCAACGUCAAUGACUGUUGAGGCAUGUCAAAGUAUAUGCAAGAGCUUGGGCUUUGUUCUUGCAGGCCUCGAGUUUGCCGAUGAGUGCUACUGCGGUAACAGCCUCGCCAAUGGCAAUACUAUCGCUCCAGACGGAAACGCUGGGUGCAACAUGAAUUGUGCCGGCAACGCUGCUGAAAUUUGCGGUGGUUCCAACAGACUGAGCCUCUAUAGCUAUGGAUCAGCCAGUGUGUAA